UCCUGACGAAGACAGACUAGCAGCGAAAACAACAAUCAUUCUAAAAUCUAAAAAUUCUAAAUACUUGCAAAACGAACUCAACCAUCAAGUAAUACCUUCUGCUUCAAUAGAGAAAUAAAAAAAUUAAAAAUCAUGUCUGAUAAUAUUGAUCUUUUGGACUACGAGGAAGAUGAGCUGAACGAGCCAACCAUCGAGCAGGUUGCCAAAAAACCAAAGAAAGACGUGAAAGGCACUUAUGUCUCCAUACACAGUUCCGGUUUUCGUGAUUUUCUGCUGAAACCCGAAAUACUGCGUGCCAUUGUGGACUGCGGUUUCGAGCAUCCAUCCGAGGUGCAACACGAAUGCAUACCACAAGCGGUGCUCGGCAUGGAUAUACUGUGUCAGGCCAAGUCCGGUAUGGGUAAGACCGCUGUCUUCGUGCUAGCAACACUACAGCAGCUGGAACCCAAGGAGAAUGUGCCCUAUGUACUGGUUAUGUGUCACACACGUGAGUUGGCCUUCCAGAUCGGCAGAGAGUACGAACGCUUCGCCAAGUAUAUGGCGAAUGUGAAGGUGGGUGUCUACUUUGGUGGCUUGGCCAUACAAAACGAUGAGAAGUCGCUCAAAGACACCAUGCCACACAUCAUUGUCGGCACUCCAGGACGCAUACUGGCUUUGAUACGCAACAAGAAACUGAAUUUGAAGCAUCUCAAACACUUUGUGCUCGAUGAAUGCGAUCAAAUGUUGGAAGCGAUUGAUAUGCGUCGUGAUGUGCAGGAGAUCUUCCGCAGCACACCACACGCCAAGCAGGUGAUGAUGUUCUCGGCGACGCUGAGCAAAGACAUACGUCCGGUGUGUAAGAAAUUCAUGCAAGAUCCCAUGGAGGUCUAUGUGGAUGACGAGGCCAAGUUGACGUUGCAUGGUUUGCAACAACACUACGUCAACUUGAAGGAGAAUGAGAAGAAUAAGAAACUCUUCGAGCUCUUGGAUGUGCUCGAAUUCAAUCAGGUGGUUAUCUUCGUGAAAUCCGUGCAACGCUGCAUCGCGCUCAGUCAACUGCUGACCGAGCAGAACUUCCCUGCGGUGGGCAUACAUCGUGGCAUGUCGCAGGAGGAGCGUCUGAAACGCUAUCAGGAGUUUAAGGAUUUCCAAAAACGCAUUCUGGUCGCCACCAAUCUAUUCGGACGUGGCAUGGAUAUCGAACGCGUGAACAUCGCCUUCAACUAUGACAUGCCGGAGAGCACCGACACCUAUCUGCAUCGUGUGGCACGCGCAGGACGUUUUGGCACCAAAGGCCUGGCCAUCUCCUUCGUUUCACAAGAGGCGGAUACGAAAAUUUUGGAUGAAGUCCAGUCCAGAUUUGAUGUAAAAAUCACAGAGAUGCCAGAUCAAAUUGAGCUGUCCUCGUAUAUCGAGGGACGCUAAGCUGAGAAUAUGGAGUUGUAAGGAAUACUGAUAAAUAAAGCAUUAAUUAAAUGCAUGGAAAAUCAAAUUUUGUAAUAAUUGUCUAAAAUGGCAGUUUUAAAAAGCACAUAUUAUAUUUUAAUAAAAAAAAAAAAUAAAAUAAAAAUCUCUCAUAUAUUUUUAUCACUUAAAAUUAUGAAGCGCAAACAAGCGAAUUGCCGCCAUAA